AUGAUCUGGAAGUACCCGUUCCUGCUGGUAGCCGUAUGGUUAUCAGUUGGAGACAACACAGUGGUGAGCGGAUGCUUUACUGUGGCAAGCAUGUUCGAAGAGAGAUACCGCAAUUCCACGACACCUCUUAAGGCCUACACAUCGUUGAUGCCAAUCAUCUCUGAACGAAUAGAAUUGACAUCAAAUUGCCAGAACAGUACUAACCAGACCUUCGAGUGGACAGUCGAACAACGGCAGGGUCCUAUAUGGCGUAAACUCUAUGUUGCCAGUCCAAAUGCUAAGGUCUAUGACCUUGCCAUGUGUGAACUUGGACCUGGAUUCUACAAACUGUCUUGUAGUCUGGCUGUUGUUUCAUGGGGCGUGAGAACGAUGCGCCAAGACACGAUGUACCUACAUCUUAUAGACCCACCUUUAGUUGCUGGGAUAGAAGGAGGCGAGAAGUUGACUGUAAACAGUGAUGCUGAUAUUUUCUUAGACGCCGUUUCUAAUUCAUAUGAUCCGGUGAUAGGGUACGGGAAAGAAUACCAUCUUGCUUUUUACUGGCAGUGUUUUAAGGUGGUGGAGGGCAACCUGAAAAAGUAUUUAACCCCACUGAGUGAUGACACGUCGUACCUAAGCGGUGCUCGGUGCACGGUUAGCUUCACGUCCACCGGUGUCGUGACAGUCUCUGCGUCGUCUUUGCAGCUCAAUGCCUGGUUCUUAUUUGAAGUUGUUGUUUCCAAAAACGUCCGGUCAGCAAGAGCUAUUCAAGCCAUACACAUCGUAGACGAUGCCAGACCAGAACUCUUUCUGUACUGUAAGUGGAACUGUGAAAUGAAGAGAUCUAGACGAGUCCGCAUGAUCUACGACACACGCUUAAACUGCACUAACUGCACGGACGACGAACUGACAGCGGCAACAUAUCAGUGGGACCUGUACAAAUAUUAUGGGGCUAACUAUGGUCUUGUUCUGUCAGGUCCAGAUGAAAAAGUUUUCCAACUUGCGGCUGACUUUCUGGAUCCAGGAAAAUCUUACAAACUGAAGGUAACAGUGUCCAACGUAGGAACUCUCCCGUCUGCGUGGGCGACUUCUGUGUUUAUUGUGAGUGGCGAACCUUACGAUGGAACCUGUACCGUCAACCCUUUAACAGGUAAUGCUGCUACCGACGACUUCAGGUUCGAAUGUAAGAACUGGAAGGACGACGGACCUCGUUACGACCGCAACAAGACCUUGGACGCCGAUGAGCCUCUCACUUACGUCAUCUCGCAGAUCAAAGGAAACGUAGCUCAAAUCAUCUACACCGGAAACGAAGCUACUACGGUCCAAAAGUUAGAAGUCUGUCCUAAAGAAAGUAACUAUUUGUGUAAAAUUGAAUUCAGAAUACGGGAUCUGUUCAACGCUGAGGCUAUUGUGAAUAUUGACGUUACGGUCCAUAACCCAGCUCCAGAUCUUCCACCAGUACCGCUCGAAGACACAUACGACCCCGAAGAAGGCAACCCAGUUUUAAGACGUUUCCUGGAAGAAGCUGAGCUAGCUGUUAGAUUGCUGAAGAUGAGCAGAGAUUCCGAGAAAAUGGCAAAAGUAGCAUCCGCGUAUAUGUCAGCCAUAAACGACAUGCCAUUACCAGAGGUCACAUCUGCUUCCAUCGCCGAUGCUGCUGUUGCUGGUGACGGUGAUGUAAACAAUGUCGUAGCUAACGCUCUGACAUUCCUGACAUCUCACAGUCCAGAUAUGAUUCGCACCCAAGAGGCCACAGCGGUUUUAACCAGUGCCACCCUUGAGGCCAUCGAAUUGCUAGUGUUGGCUCCAUAUACUGUCGGGCAUGGCAACAUCGACAGCAACGGGAUCGUGUUACCUACCACAAAACCAUCAGUUGAGAUCCUCAUCAUGUUAACAUCGGCGUUGUCAACGACCAUUGAAAAACCGGAAAUUGUCAUGCCUGGUAUUGAGUCAAAUGUGUCGAAUGGCCUAAGUACACUAAGUAAAGUCUUCAUGGAAACGCUCAAACACACAAGAGAUAUCAGCCAGAUUGAGUCUGCAAUGAAAGCAAUAGGAGACGCAGAGAGCAGACUGAACAACAUCCAGGCAAAUGAUGAUAUUGUGGAGGAUCUAGAUGACCUGGACGGUGCUAAGAUCUUUGUGAACAAACACCUCACUAAGGGAGAGCGCAUGUUCAACGACUUCGAAAGAAAAUACUUGAAGAAAGUCAUCAAGACAAAACGUCAGAUUGAGAGACAGAAGAGGCAGCAACAUAUUGGAAAAACAUUUGGUAAUUCAGAAAUCAUAACAGGCAGCAUAUUUGCGCUAAUGGGCAGGAUAAAAAAGAAAACUCUGGACCAGGAAGAAUUUGGUUUAUCUGUUGAGGAAGAGACUGCGCAAAGUAUAGUCAACAGUAGUCGAGCACCCUUGAACGGCAUAAACUUUAAACUGGAUGGUCUAAAAAACGAGACGACUGGAAACAAGAACCCUGUAAUACUCAAACUCAGGGUCGUCAAACGCAACAUCUACACUGAUGGGGACAAUGCCAAGCUCGUCAACUCGCCUGUCGUGGUUGCCCGGGUACAGAAAGAGGACGGCUCUCUAGCAGAAAUCUCAAAACCAGUUGUCAAACAGGCUGAUCCGGUGACCUCCCCGUACAAGCUCAUCACACCCCUGUUCAUUAAAGAAGAUGCUGCUAAACUGUUCUACCACAGAUUGUUUUACAGGAGUCUUCUACUAAAUAUCUGCUUAUCUGUUCUUCCGAUUAACGACAUCAAACUUGUUUACGACAUGUUUCUUAGAACUGGUACACCACCCACUGACAUCACGUUUGACCAUUACACUUCCUACAAGGAGAAAGAGGGAGAGUCUGGAAUUAACUACUGUAUUCCUGCAGGCAUCCUAAAGCGUACGGGUGUAGUCUAUCUGGGGUUGCGACCUAGACUAAAUGAAGCAGACGAUGCUUCAGGUCUAAAAUCCACGACGACCUCUAACGAGUCCAGUGUUCUCGAGACUCCAUACAUGUUUAGAGUCACUACAAUCGGAUGUUUCGCCUGGGAUGCACAGCUUCAAGACUGGAAUAGCAGUAUGUGUGAGGUAUGA